AUGUCAUCAGAUCAAGAUAUUAACGUUAUGAUUGGUUUAAAGAAUGUAUUAUCGAAGAUUGAAGCCGCUGUCGCCAGGCGCAGUGCGAAUUUACCACAGAUUGCACCAAGACUGGUGGCUGUAUCUAAAAUAAAACCAGCAGCUUUGAUUGUUGAAGCCUAUGAGCAUGGACAAAGGGACUUCGGGGAGAACUAUGUGAAUGAAUUAGCUGAAAAAGCCAGCGACCCCCUCAUACUUGAGAAAUGCAAGGAUAUAAAAUGGCAUUUCAUUGGACAUUUGCAAACAAACAAGAUAAAUAAAUUACUUGGAUCACCGAAUCUGUAUAUGGUGGAGACUGUUCACUCUGAAAAGUUAGCUGAUAACUUAAAUAAGCAAUGGCCUAAAUAUAGGAAAAGUGAUGAGAAGUUACCUGUUAUGGUGCAGAUCAAUACAAGUGCGGAAGAAGCUAAAAAUGGAAUUGAGCCCUCGGAAACAACAAAAGUGGUUGAAUAUGUAUUGAAGAACUGCCCCAAUCUAGAUUUUAAAGGAUUGAUGACUAUUGGACAAUAUGACUAUGAUGUGUCUCAAGGGCCAAACCCAGACUUCUUAACCCUAGUAAAAUGUCGGCAAGAAGUUUGUGAAAACCUGAACCUUGAUAUUAAUAAUGUGGAAUUAUCUAUGGGAAUGUCUACAGACUAUGAACAUGCGAUUGAACUUGGAGCUACAACAGUUCGUGUUGGAUCUGUGAUUUUUGGAGCCAGGCCACCGAAAGCAAAUUAG